CCAUCACCGAGGGAUUCAGUCCAACAAUUAAGCAUGGACGGCUGGUUAGUGACCCUGUAUGCACUGCUGCUCUGCAGCGCCGCCCUAGCGGUUUGUCCGGACGAUGCAGCCGACCUUGUAUCUUGGAACUCCAAGUUUGGAACGACCUCUCCCCAGGACGAAAUAACGAUCUCCCGUCCCGUGCUCUUGGAUACGUCCGUGGAACUGUUCGGGCUGACCAUCGCUUCCGGUGGCCGUCUGGUGUGGAGCAGGGCCGGGGAUUACGGAAUAAGGUCGCACUAUAUCAAAAUUCAAAAUGGCGGAGAACUGCAUAUCGGAAGCCCGACUUGUAAAUUCGGCAAAAAAGCUCGAAUCACUUUAUUGGGUGAACCAACGGAGAAACUAGACAUACCUGGCUUUGGAGAAAAGUUCUUAGGCGUGGAGGCAGGUGGCGUCUUGAAUCUGUAUGGAGAGGAGAAGUUAUCGUGGACCAAGAUAACUCAGCAUGCUCCCAAGUUUGAUCCCUCUGCGGCAGAGUUGUACAACCACAAGGAAACAGAAAACGUAAUCAACUCUCAUGGUAUUUACAUCUACCAUUUCAAAGAAGAAUUUCCCGCUGCUUAUGACGUCGAUACAGACCCUGGUAUUGUGGCUGUAGACCGCAUACACAGAUCAAUAAAAAUCUCGAAACAAGGCAAGGUGGAGCAAGGGAUUGCUGACCUCAUGGCCUUCCUCAACAACAUUCCAAAUGGCGAUAUAUUUGCACUCGCAACACAUAAAGGUUUCAUAGACGACAUUAUGGACUAUUCGUCUCUGUAUGAAGGUUUUGACGUCAUAGCUCCCUCCAAUUCCCUGAGAUUAUCUAAGCCCGAAGAUGCUUAUGUUGCCAUUGGUAAAAAAGGAGACCCGGCGACUUUUAUGGAGGAUUUGGACUCCACGUUGGAUUCCAACGAUGAGACUGAGGCUAUUGUGGUCUAUAACGUAGAGGAGCGUGAACGUGAGUUGGUUGUGACGUCACAGAGCGGUUUAGACCUCAACAGUGGAAGUAUCCAGUUUAUUGUUUUCAACACCUUACUGACCAGACCCAUCCUUCCGGUAAUAGAUGACGUCACCAGCUGGAAAACAGGCGAUAAGAUUUUCGUCACUUCCACGGACUAUGACUGGGAACAAGUGGAAGAAUUCACAGUGGUUCCUUGUUCAAACCCACGAUGUUCAAUUAACACCGUCCGACUGGAUCGUCCGUUCGAAUACGACCACUACGGAGAGAUCUACAACCGGGUAGACAUGAGGGCAGAGGUGGGGCUAAUGACCCGACACAUUCUUAUUGACGCUGAGGUGUCUGAGGGAAACAGCAAUGGUGGACACGUCAAAUUCCUGUAUGGGUUUAAAGAUGUACAGGUAGAGGGAGUGGAGUUAACUAAUCUAGGACAACCUCUAGUUCUAGGUAGAUACCCGCUCCACUACCACAUGUGUGAGGAUCUGUCUGACACAUCCGUGUACCCCACACGGUCUGUGCUCCGGAAAAACUCCAUCCACCACACUCAGUUCCGGUGUGUCACUAUUCACGGAACACACAACGUCCAGCUGAUUGAUAACGUCUGCUACGAUUCUGUGGGUCACGGGUUCUUCUUGGAAGAUGGCGGAGAGAAGAAUACGUACAUCCGGGGAAAUCUGGGCCUAGGUCAGCGACGGUUUGUAGGAAAAACGAUCCUUGGAGAAACGGGCGCCAUUCCCACGGACGCGGAUAUCGGUCCUGUAACGUUUUGGAUCACUAAUCCUUUAACGACAGUCAUCAACAAUGCUGCGGCCGGUGGUGAGGGUAUGGGGAUGUGGUACGUGUACCCCGACCUCCCCACGGGGCCGUCCCGGGAGAAGGACUUUAUGCAGGACAAGGAGGCCCGCCAUACUAAGAUCACACUGUACAAAAACAACGUCCAACACUCCUAUCUGGUUGCGGGCUUGUUUGUGGACAACAUUCAGAACGAGGACCUGACGGCGACUGGACACAACCUGUAUAACCCCCACCAGAACCCCCUGGACCUGACCUCGCCCUACGUACCGGCUGUGUUCGAACGAGUCACAGCUUACAAAAAUAAAGCGCAGAAUCUGUGGAUUCGAGGAUCACCGAUCAUCGUGAGAGAAUCAUCGUUUGCAGACAGUCAAGUCGGAGCAGUUAUCAUCAGGGAGGACGAGACUUGGGUGGAGUUUAUCAACAACGUGGUGGUUGGUUACUCUGACAACCUCGGCAAGCCAAACAACAACGCCUUCACUCGCUCCUAUCCAACUGUUCCACCAAGAGAUGUAGUGGGAUACCGGUUUGACAAGGGACCUGUAUACGUCAGGAAUACGUGGUUCCAUGGCUUCCAACCAACCUCCAUAUACAACUCCAGUGCUCUCUCUAACACAGAGUGCUUUUCUCUGAUGAAUCCCCAAAAUAUGGUGGAAAACGUCCUCUUCGGCUUCGAUGACGAGCCUGGAAGCCGAGUUUUGCUCCGAGACUGCCAGCCCGCGAAAGGUGAAGAUGGUUUGUUCACAAUCAAAGACAUUGAAAAUGGCUUGACCGAAAGUUCAUCUCUAGAUGACGUCACUCUGGUGAAGAACAUUCCUUUCCAUGUCACCAGCAAGUGUAAAGUGAGAGAUUCAUGGAACAUGGCUUAUUGUCCCUAUAACUAUGGAGAAAUUUUGGUGUCAUACCCGGCUGAGAAAGAGAUGAGCAUUUACAGGACUGACGGAGAAAAUUUUCCUAAAAGAACCAUCACCAGCAAGAGAUUCAUGGCCAUACUUGGCCAGAACUUGCAGUAUUUAGUCACUUUUGAGAACGGAAUGCCGGGAGCUGUGACGUUUGUUGGAAAGUCAAUAACUAAGGCGGAUUCGGUGGUGGUGGCCUACUGUGUUCCUAGGGACGCCGUGUUUGUUGUAGUCUUCACAAGGGGCACCACUAAACUGCAGGCCCAGCCUGUCACUUCCCUAGCCCAGGUCCAGAGCGACACAGAGGGAGGGAAGUAUUAUUUUGACCAAAAUGUCGGGGUGAUCUUUUUCAAACUGGUCAAUGACGUGGAAUAUGGGUCAGACGAGCGGACAUCUUGUCCCUCGGGUCAGUGUGUCAGCGUCAGGGUGAAGAUCCAGUCAGGGACACUGAAGGAGGGUGACUGCUACAACCGCUUUAUACAGGAGCCGUCCUAUAUCCAGGCCGGACAGGGCAACCCUAGCGUCGUGAACAACGUGUUGAGAGCAUCUGCCCCAGAACCCCCGGAGGAAUGGGGCGCAGGUUCGACCUACCCGCAGCCAUUUUAAUGGAGAAGAUAACAUCUUUUGCGCUCUGUGAUCUUUUAAUGUCAAAAUGAAUGUAACUAAAAAUUCAUCCAAAAAAAUGAACAUUUGAAUUUUUGACUUAUUAAACAUUUUUAUGCAUAAAAA